AAAAAUAAGUGCUGUCGUCUUGAGCUCAUGUUUAUUUUGCAUGCAGCGUUGCAGUUGAAUGCUCGGAGUUGCGUGAAAGGACGUGGAACCAAACUAAGAGGCGGAGCACUGACCCUCUGCUGACCCUGCACGGUGUGAAACAUGUCACACAGGAGCGGCCGUGACUUGGUGCGUGUUCUGAGUGUUUUCCCUCGGUGUAGCCCUUGAAUAUUCUGGGACUGGGCUUGUGACUCCAUUCAACCACCGGUAUGUGUUCAUCCAGACACAGACUGCUGGAGCUGGAGCCCCCGAAAGCAGCACAGCGAUCAAACCCCACCCCCAGUCACCGCCCCCGUGGUGAAACGUCACAUCCACGGCUAUUUGCAUGAAGUGUUUUCGUGCUGCAGCUCCAACUCGCCUGCACAGCGAGAGUCUCCGAGGGCUCAAAGCGAGGGAAGAGUCGCAGCGAAAGCAGGAGGAGGCGGAGGAGGAGGGGGAUCCUUCACAUCAGAGAAGAAGCAGGAGGGGGGAAAAAAGGAAAUAAUAAAGCGAGCCCUGACAGAAUAGAUCAGGUGUCCGCGGUAAGAGAAACCGGAGAGUCGCCUCUCUUGCGCUGGAAAAUGGAGCUACCCGCCGCUGGGGAGCACGUAUUUGCGGUGGAGAGCAUCGAGAAGAAGCGCAGCAGAAAGGGGAGGGUCGAGUAUCUGGUCAAGUGGAGAGGAUGGUCUCCAAGAUACAACACAUGGGAACCAGAGGAAAACAUCCUGGAUCCAAGGCUGCUUGAUGCUUUCCAAGACAGGGAACGUCAGGAGCAGCUGAUGGGAUACCGCAAGAGAGGACCCAAGCCGAAGCACCUUCUGGUUCAGGUGCCAUCGUUUGCCAGGAGGUCCAACAUCCUGGCGGACCUUCAGGAGGCUUCCUUGGAAGGCAACAGCUGUCAGAAAUCCAGCUCUAUCCAGAUGAUAUGCCCCCAGGCCCAGCAGUUCCAGUUGAACAGCAAGAAACUUCACCAGUACCAGCCCCUGAUCAGGGAGUGUGAUGCCGAGCAGCAGUCCAACGGCAAGAAAUUCUUCUAUGAGCUCAACAGCAAGAAGCAUCACCACUACCAACCGGACCUGAAGCAACACGAGGCUGUUUUUGCUAAGCCAAGGGACGUCAAGGCUCCUGAGCUGUCGAACAAAGGAUACAACCUCCCAGCGGUGCUGCAGCAAAAGUGGGUCCGGGACAAAGACUCGGGCUGUCUGACUAAAGUAAAAGACAUCACUAUGGAGCUAAAGAAAAUUCCAGCCGACCUUAAAGAACAGAAGGAGCCGGAGAGAGUGAAACCGAAAGAGGAUGCAUCAACGCACUCCAAUGGCGUCAGCAGCAGCAAGCUAAAGAUUGUUAAGAACAAGAACAAAAACGGCCGGAUUGUCAUUGUCAUGAGCAAGUACAUGGAAAACGGCAUGCAGACCGCUAAAAUCAAAAGCAGUGAUUCUGAAGGCGCUGAAAGGCCUCUGCAAGGAGCAGAAAGCAGCGUGGAGAGGCACCUGGCAAAGAUGAAGCUUGUCAAAAAGCUCGGCCUCAUAAACGGUUUCUCGAAGCAACCCAAAGACAACCCAACUGUUCCUGGUUCUGGGAUAAAAGCAGAUUGUUGCAAAGAGAAAGAACUGUCCCCUCAAACAGAGCGGACUGCAAUGGAACGGGACAAAGGUGCAGAGGGGCAGCUUCCACAGGAUAAGCCAUUACAGCUGACAAAUAAGCCUGACGAACUGCCCCUGCCCUCGGAGAGGGAGGUUCCAGACAAAACGGGAAUCCAGAACGGCCAUCACGGACUAAAGCGACACCUUUCCGACACAGACGCUGCAGAACAAGGAUUGGGUAAGAGGUUUUUAAGUUGCAGGAGCAUCAGCGCUCCCAACACAGAUUCCUCGCCCUCCCAGAGCCUCGCUGUUGACAGAAACGAACAGCAGAGUCCUGCUUUGCUGCACGACUAUGGCUACGCAGACCAAGAGGAACCCAUGGACCUCAGCAUAGUCAAAUCGAGGUCCACGUCUUCAGUGUGUGUGGAGACUGAGCCGGAGACGCGAGCUGAGGAGCCGGCACAUCCACCAGAUGACAGUCGAACAGAGACAGACACACAAACAGAGAGCCAGACUGAAACACACGAUCCGUCGGAGGAGGAGAGCGCUGACAUUGUGCCUGACUCCAACCACCAAGCAAGGAAAGACGAGGCGUUUCCUUCUUUCCAGGCUUGCCUUGGGAAUAUAGUUAUCACGGACAUUACUGCCAACUGCCUCACCGUUACCUUUAAGGAAUACGUAACGGCAUAACACAGCCGGACCCCACCUGAAGGACUGACAUAUGAUAUAUUUGUAUUUUCUGAUUCCUGAAUGUACAAAUGAAGCGUUGAUGUUGUUUUCAUUUUGUAAAACUCAAGAUUUAAACACAAGGGUAAAAAAAAAAAAAAGACUCUUAGUUCUCUUCUUACAUAUUUUCGAAGUAUAAACCCAACCUGUUGGUAUUUCAAAUUUCAAACCUAAUCCAAGCUGCAAAAUUUUAUGAAAUUAUUCAUGAAACUCUAGCCUAACAUGCACUUACUUUUGUAGACAGUCCUCAUUUUUCUAUGGAUGUGAUAUGAUUUGUACACUCAACCUGUCUACUUUCGGAUUACAGAUAAAUGUAGGCUUUAAAGGGAGUUUUUGUAAGAAAGAAAAUUAUAUUAAAUCAAGGUACAUUA